GGCCGGGAGGACUUAAAGCAACGGCGACGCGCGCCCGCCCGCUUACCUCGGGCUCUUUUUUUUUUUUUAAUUAUUAACCCAUUCUCUCCCCCCGCUUGUCUCCUUCGGAGGGACUCGCUUUCUCCCCCGCUUCCCUUCUUUGGCUAGGCCAAGAGGGAGGGCUCAGCAGCGGCGGAGGGAGAGCGAAGAGAUCCAGACAGGCCCCGGAGCGGCAGCUUCAUUUCCUCCUCGCCAACCCUUUCCAGGCCGGGCUGCAGCGCUCCCCGCGGCUCGCUCUCGCUCCGCCGGGGAGAGAGGCCCAGCCAGGCAGGCCUGGCCGUGCUCAGGUAACUGGCAAAACCAUUAAGUACUGAACCCAGUAGAGCAACGUACAUGUGAAAUAUCCUGAAGUGCAGGGAAGAAGACUUUUAUAUCCAGCUUGCAAACUGGAAGACUCUUAUUUAUAUUUUUAUCUUGGUGACUAUUUACAAUGAAUGAGCACAGUGAUGAAGAAAGUGCAAGGAACAGUAGUGGAGAAUCUAGCCAAUCGGAUGAUGAUUCUGGUUCAGCAUCAGGUUCUGGAUCUGGUUCAAGUUCGGGAAGCAGCAGUGAUGGAAGCAGCAGCCAGUCGGGAAGCAGCGACUCAGACUCUGGUUCAGAGUCUGGCAGUCAGUCAGAAUCAGAGUCUGACACAUCUAAGGAAAAGAAAGUCCAAGCUAAACUGCCAAAGGUUGCUGGAGCUGAGUUUUGGAAAUCCAACCCAAGCAUUCUGGCUGUACAGAGAUCUGCAAUGCUUAGGAAGCAGCAGCAGCAGUCAAAGGCAGCAUCCUCAAACAGUGGCUCAGAAGAGGACUCAUCAAGUAGUGAAGACUCUGCAGAUGACUCAUCCAGUGAAAUCAAACGGAAGAAACACAAAGAUGAAGACUGGCAAAUGUCUGGGUCUGGAUCUGGAUCUGGAACUGCUUCAGACUCUGAUUUGGAAGAAAACAGAGAUAAAAGUACUUGUGGGGAAAGUGAAUCUGACUAUGAGCCAAAAAACAAAGUCAGGAGCAGGAAACCCCCACGAAGAAUUAAACAAAAAAGCGGGAAGAAGAGUACAGGGCCGAAAAAAAGACAACUUGAAUCAUCCGAUGAUGACGACGACGAUGAUGAUUAUGAUAAGAGAGGAUCUCGCCGCCAGGCUACAGUAAAUGUUAGUUACAAGGAAGCUGAAGAAGCAAAGACAGAUUCAGAUGAUCUUCUGGAAGUCUGUGGAGAGGAUGUCCCUCAACCUGAAGAAGAUGAAUUUGAAACAAUCGAAAAAUUUAUGGAUAGCCGCAUUGGAAGAAAAGGAGCCACUGGUGCUACUACCACCAUCUACGCAGUUGAAGCUGAUGGAGAUCCAAAUGCAGGAUUUGAUAAAUCAAAAGAACCUGGUGACAUGCAGUAUUUGAUAAAAUGGAAAGGCUGGUCCCACAUCCAUAAUACUUGGGAAACUGAAGAAACUCUGAAACAGCAGAAUGUUAGAGGAAUGAAGAAACUGGACAAUUAUAAGAAAAAGGAUCAGGAGACAAAACGAUGGUUAAAAAACGCUUCUCCAGAAGAUGUGGAAUAUUACAACUGCCAGCAAGAACUCACAGAUGAUUUGCAUAAACAGUAUCAAAUAGUAGAGAGAAUAAUUGCCCAUUCUAAUCAGAAGUCCGCUGCAGGUUAUCCUGAUUAUUAUUGCAAAUGGCAAGGUCUCCCUUAUUCAGAGUGCAGCUGGGAAGAUGGUGCUCUCAUUGCAAAAAAAUUCCAAUCACGCAUUGAUGAGUAUUUUAGCAGAAAUCAGUCUAAAACCACACCUUUUAAGGACUGUAAGGUUUUAAAACAGAGGCCAAGGUUUGUUGCCCUAAAGAAACAGCCAUCUUAUAUUGGAGGUCAUGAAAGUUUAGAGCUUAGAGAUUAUCAGUUAAACGGACUGAACUGGUUGGCUCACUCUUGGUGCAAGGGGAACAGUUGCAUUCUUGCAGAUGAAAUGGGAUUGGGCAAAACCAUACAAACAAUUUCCUUUUUGAAUUACUUGUUUCAUGAACAUCAGUUGUAUGGACCUUUCUUGCUGGUAGUGCCACUUUCCACUUUGACAUCUUGGCAAAGAGAAAUCCAGACAUGGGCUCCCCAAAUGAAUGCUGUAGUUUAUUUAGGAGACAUUACAAGCAGAAAUGUGAUAAGAAUGCACGAAUGGAUGCAUCUGCAGACCAAACGGUUAAAAUUUAACAUCCUACUAACAACUUAUGAAAUUCUGCUGAAGGAUAAGUCAUUCCUUGGUGGUCUGAACUGGGCAUUUAUAGGAGUGGAUGAAGCCCAUCGAUUAAAAAAUGACGAUUCUCUCCUGUACAAGACGUUAAUAGACUUUAAGUCCAACCAUCGUCUCCUAAUCACUGGAACACCUCUUCAAAAUUCCCUGAAAGAACUCUGGUCCUUGCUGCACUUCAUCAUGCCAGAAAAGUUUUCUUCUUGGGAAGAUUUUGAAGAGGAACAUGGGAAAGGAAGGGAAUUUGGCUAUGCAAGUCUUCACAAAGAACUUGAACCAUUUCUCCUAAGAAGAGUUAAAAAAGAUGUAGAAAAAUCUCUACCUGCGAAGGUUGAGCAAAUUUUAAGAAUGGAGAUGAGUGCAUUACAAAAGCAAUAUUACAAAUGGAUUUUAACUAGGAAUUACAAAGCCCUAAGUAAAGGUUCAAAGGGCAGUACCUCAGGCUUUCUGAAUAUCAUGAUGGAGCUCAAGAAGUGUUGUAAUCAUUGCUACCUCAUUAAGCCACCAGAUGACAAUGAAUUCUAUAAUAGACAGGAGGCCUUACAGAAUUUAAUCCGAAGUAGUGGGAAGCUGAUUCUUCUAGACAAGCUACUGAUUCGCUUACGGGAACGUGGCAGCAGAGUGCUUAUAUUCUCUCAAAUGGUGCGGAUGCUGGACAUCCUAGCUGAAUAUUUGAAAUAUCGCCAGUUUCCUUUUCAGAGACUAGAUGGUUCAAUAAAAGGAGAACUGAGGAAGCAAGCACUGGAUCAUUUUAAUGCAGAAGGUUCUGAGGAUUUCUGCUUUUUACUGUCUACCAGAGCUGGAGGUCUGGGUAUAAACUUGGCAUCAGCUGAUACAGUAGUUAUAUUUGAUUCUGACUGGAAUCCUCAGAAUGAUUUGCAAGCACAGGCUAGAGCUCAUAGAAUUGGACAAAAGAAACAGGUUAAUAUUUAUCGUCUUGUAACUAAAGGAUCAGUAGAGGAAGAUAUCCUGGAAAGAGCCAAGAAGAAAAUGGUCUUAGAUCAUCUAGUGAUUCAGAGAAUGGACACAACAGGGAAGACUGUGUUGCACACAGGUUCUGCUCCAUCUAGCUCUGCUCCUUUUAACAAAGAAGAGCUGUCAGCUAUUUUGAAAUUUGGUGCUGAGGAACUUUUUAAGGAACCCGAAGGUGAAGAACAGGAGCCACAGGAAAUGGACAUAGAUGAGAUCUUGAAGAGGGCUGAGACCCGGGAAAAUGAAACUGGCCCAUUAAGUGUGGGAGAUGAGUUGCUUUCCCAGUUUAAGGUGGCCAAUUUUUCUAACAUGGAUGAAGAUGACAUUGAACUGGAUCCUGAACAAAACUCAAGAAACUGGGAGGAAAUAAUUCCAGAGGUCCAGAGGCGAAGAUUAGAAGAAGAAGAAAGACAAAAAGAAUUGGAAGAAAUUUAUAUGCUUCCAAGAAUGAGAAACUGUGCAAAACAGAUCAGCUUUAAUGGAAAUGAAGGGAGACGUUGCAGGAACAGAAGAUAUUCUGGAUCAGAUAGUGACUCCGUUUCAGAAAGAAAACGACCCAAAAAACGUGGAAGACCACGGACUAUUCCACGGGAAAACAUUAAAGGAUUUAGUGAUGCAGAGAUCAGGCGGUUUAUCAAGAGUUACAAGAAAUUUGGCGGUCCUCUUGAAAGGUUAGAUGCAAUAGCUAGAGAUGCUGAACUAGUGGAUAAAUCUGAGACAGACCUCAGAAGACUUGGAGAGCUAGUGCAUAAUGGCUGCAUCAAGGCUUUAAAGGACAACUCACCUGGACAAGAAAGAGCAGGGGGCAGACUGGGAAAAGUUAAAGGCCCAACAUUCCGAAUAUCAGGCGUGCAGGUGAAUGCAAAACUAGUCAUCUCACAUGAAGAAGAGCUAGUGCCAUUGCAUAAAUCCAUUCCUUCAGAUCCAGAGGAAAGGAAGAGAUACACCAUAUCUUGUCAUACUAAGGCUGCUCAUUUUGAUAUAGACUGGGGCAAGGAGGAUGACUCCAAUCUUCUGAUAGGCAUUUAUGAGUAUGGAUAUGGUAGCUGGGAAAUGAUAAAAAUGGACCCUGAUCUCAACUUGACACAAAAGAUUCUGCCAGAUGAUCCAGAUAAGAAACCCCAGGCCAAGCAGCUGCAGACCCGUGCAGACUACCUCAUAAAACUACUCAAUAAGGAUCUUGCAAGGAAAGAAGCACAAAGACUUUCUGGGGCAGGAGGCUCAAAGAGAAGGAAGAUGAGAACUAAAAAGAGCAAGACACUAAAAACAGCAAAAGUGAAAGAAGAGAUAAAAAGUGAUUCAUCGCCACCUCCUUCAGAUAAGUCGGAUGAAGAGGAAGAGGAGGAUAGCAAGGAGGAAAUGUCUUCAGCAAAACAUCCAAAUAAAAAGAUAAAAGCAGAAAAAGAAAAUGAAGAAAACCCUGAUGGUGAUACUGGCAUGAAAAAGGAGACUGAUGAAAAAAGAGAGAUGAAGGAAAACAAAAGGGAGAUAAAAAGGGAGAAAAAAGAAAAGGAGGACAAGAAAGAGUUGAGAGAAAAAGACAUGAAAGAGAAGAAAGAAAGCAAAAUAAAAGAAUACAUACAGAGAGAAAAAGAGACAAAUGAAUCAAAAUCCGACAUCAAAGACAAAACCAAGAAAGUCUCAUCAGCAGACACCCCUGUUCAUAUAACAGCAAGUAGUGAACCAGUUCCUAUAUCUGAAGAAUCUGAAGAGCUGGAUCAGAAGACAUUCAGUAUAUGCAAAGAAAGAAUGAGGCCUGUCAAAGCAGCGCUUAAACAACUGGAUAGACCAGAGAAAGGUCUUUCAGAAAGGGAACAGCUGGAACAUACUAGACAGUGUCUUAUCAAAAUUGGAGAUCAUAUAACUGAGUGCCUAAAAGAAUACGCAAAUCCCGAGCAAAUAAAACAGUGGAGAAAAAACUUGUGGAUUUUUGUCUCCAAAUUUACAGAAUUUGAUGCAAGAAAACUGCACAAAUUGUAUAAACAUGCAAUCAAAAAACGCCAAGAAACUCAGCAGCACAAUGACCAGAACGUCAGCAGUAAUGUGAAUGCACAUUUGGUUAGAAAUCCAGCAGAUGUGGAACGGCUAAAAGAGAACACAAACCAUGAUGAAAGUAGCAGAGACAGUUACUCCUCUGACAGACACCUAUCACAGUAUCAUGAUCAUCAUAAAGACAGACUUCAUGGAGAUGCCUACAAAAAAGGUGAUUCUCGGAAAAGGCCUUAUUCCACCUUCAGCAAUGGAAAAGAUCACAGGGACUGGGAUCACUACAAACAGGAUAAUAGAUACUACAGUGAUGGUAAACAUAGAAAGCUAGAUGACCACAGGAACAGAGAUCACAGGUCGAGCCUGGAAGGAAGUUUAAAAGAGAGCCGGUCACACUCAGAUCAUCGGAUACAUUUAGACCACCGAUCCAGUUCAGAUUACAGCCAUCAUAAAUCUUCAAGGGACUAUCGAUAUCACUCAGACUGGCAAAUGGACCACAGAGCUUCCAGUAGUGGGCCUCGGUCACCACUAGAUCAGAGAUCUCCAUAUGAGUCAAGAUCUCCCUUAGGACACAGAUCUCCUUUUGAACAUUCAACAGAUCACAAAAGUACACCUGAACAUAUGUGGAGUAGCCGGAAAACAUAGCAAAGACUAACAUUUCCUGGACUUGCUUUUUUUUAGCCAUACACAAUAAACUAACACAGCAAUUGCCUUACAUGACUUGAAAGACAUGGACCGGAUGUGCUCUAAGUAGCAGUAUUGUUACUACUUUCCAGUAUGCUAGGUCUAUUAUCCCAACAGAAGAAAUAUUUUUGUAUUUAAAGUUUUAAUGCUGCACUGUGCUGCAAAUGUUGUAGCACUUUUUUUAAAAAGAAUUGAAAGAUGUUUACUUUUUACAGGGACCUCAACACUGCCCCACUCAGACUGGAUCUUAAUCUGAACUCCUCAUCAAAGUGGUUUUAUCCUGACCUGAAUGCAAUUUAAAUUAUGUUUGUAGAUGAGCAUUCACAUGUUAACCUGUGAGCAUAUUUCAGGAAGGAAUCAAGAGGAAUUUUUUUUAAAUAACAAAGACUCUCAAGGACUUUGUUCACUUUCCAAAGCUACUUGUUUACAUUGUACACUGCGACCACCUUGCCGCUUUUUCAUUACAAGCUUGAAUAUUUAAAUUCUGUACCUAUAAUUGUAAAAUAGCCAGGCGUUCUUCAGUUUGAUCAAUUGUAAUGCCUUUUUACAAAAUGGCUGUAAAUUAUUGUAAAUUAAUUAAAUGAGCUUUCCCCCCUCA